AAGAGGAUAGGUUGUCUAAUUAAACUGAAUCUGCUUGUCCGAAAGUCCAAUUGCAGAGGGAUGUCCUAUCACCAAGCUGGCUAAGCUUUGAAAUCAACUUGGAAGGGGUCACAGUGAAGUCAAUGAACAGCAACUGUCCAGGUGGAUCAGGGCAGAGUUGAGUGCUGUGGAGAUGGCGUCCUCUGUUGACCUGUUUGUGCAGCAGUCCCCUGAUUUUGAAGUUACAGCACGCCUGAAGUGAACGUCUUCCAGAAUUGAAAAUGGAUGCGGACUUGGUGAAAAUCGAGGAAAUGGUUAUGAAAGGCGAGGAGGUUACAUCCACGGAACCUGCUGUUAAACCACAAGAACCAUACAGGACGAUUGUCAUCCCACAGCCACCUCCUGUCAUGAUACAGCCAUACCAGCAUGAGAGCCUGCAAUGUUUCCAGUGUUUCAUCACCUUCUGCAACUCCAAAGCCAAAGAGAGGCACAUGAAAAAGAGUCACCGCGAAGAGUACAAGCAACAGCUCCAGCAGUGUGACACUCUCUUCACCUGCUAUGUGUGUGACCGCACCUUCCCAUCUUCUGAGGAGCUGACCGCGCAUCAGUCCACACACAACAAGGAGGACAAGCCCUUUAAGUGCACCCAUUGCAAAGAGAGCUUCCGCACCUUCUCUGAGCUAACCAGUCACAGGCGGCAGGUGUGCCCAGAGCGACAGUUCCAGUGCAAAGACUGCGGGACGACGUUCCGCAGUCCAGCGUUGCUGCGGAACCACCGUCUGGCAGUGCACCCUGUGCGUGACCCGGAAGAUCCAGUGGAAGUUGGAUUCCACCGUUGCCCCAAAUGCAAUGCAGGCUUCAACACUGAAGCCGAGCUGCUGCAGCACCAGGAGAACCACGCUGGCAACCAGCACUGCAACGGAGGCCCGCCCGCCAAGAGACCCCGAGGCAGACCGCCCAAAACGGACAACGCCCCCAGCGGAGCGGAGAAGCAGGUGAAGAGGAAGAAGGAGGAAGAAGCAGCAGAAGGCGUGAAGGAGGAGGCGGCCGCCAACAGCGAGAAACAAGCGAAGCCAAGGAAGAAGAAAGCAGAGGCAGAAGAGGAGAUGAAGACCGAGACGGAGGACCAGACGGACACAGGCGUUGCCGCCGAAGCAGAGUCCACACCGGCUACAUCCAAGGUGGGCAAAGUAGACGGUGGCGCCAGGAGAGGACGACCCCCAAAGUCCGCCCCGAGCGCCAAAGCAGAGGAGAAGAAGGCAGACCCGCGGAAAGCACACCCAUGCGGAGAGUGCGAGGAGAGCUUUGCACGGCCAGAGCAGCUCCAGGCUCACGUGAGCCGCGUCCACACGGCAGGACGCCACGCCUGCCCCACCUGCGGCAAGAGCUUCGGUCGCGAGAGCAAUCUGAAAGCCCACCAGCAGAGCCACACCAAAGAGGAGGAAGAGGAAGAGGACGAGGAGGACGAGAAGAAGCCUGCAGGCAGGGGAAAGAGAUAAUUCCUGUGUUUUGUUGUUGUUGGUUAUGUGUGUGGCUGAUGAAGAUAAGGGAGACAAGUUUUUUUGUUUUUGUUUGUUUUGCUUUUUCUUUUUUAUAUAAACCAAGGCCCAGCAUUUUUAUGCUCAGUGUAAGUGAUAUGGAACAGAAUGUGGUAGUUUUUAUUUGAAUAGUUUUCAACCGUUCAACAAGGUUUUAUUCAAAGACUCUGGUAGCCCACAAACUAUUAAGCUGGUGCCAUGCAGGCUGUGAGAUGUGCCUGUGGAAGUGACUGGUGUGAGAUGGGGAUGCAGGCUCACUACUUCCGGAGCACAGCAAGAUGUCUCUGGGUCAAGCUUGCAUGGCACUUCAUACAUCAAAGUCAUUCAAAUCAACAUCCUCCUUGAGAGUAAAAAAUAUGAUGGAAGAUAUCAUUUUAAUUAUGGAUUUUAAUGAAUAUCAUUUGGGUCUUUUUUAUAUAUAAAUGUGUGUGUAGAGGUGACAGGUGCAUGUUGCCUUUCGUUUUAUGAUAAUUUUUCUCUUAAUUUUGCCUUUUUUAUUAGAGAGAAGGUUGUCUUUGGAUUUAACUUUUGUCCAGAAGACUGCCUUCUGUUCUUCAGCAUUUGUUUGUUAAAAAUCAUUACAUACAUGGCAUUCAUUGAGUGGUGGUUUAAGUGAUUUAAUUUAGUGUUUAAUAACAAACUAAAGUAUAUGAUUUUAUUAACUGAAGACAAAUGUUCAUCAUGGGAUGUUAACUUGAUGAAAUAAGCAUCAUGUUUGAAAAAGUUGUUUUUGUUGUUUUUUUGACCCGGGAAGCAAGUUGAUUGUUGAAGUUUUCCCCUAAUAAUGUUGUAGUGCUGAGGUUUAAAGAAUCAUGGACAAUGUUGCUCUUGGUGGAAUUCAACCAAGGGCCUUAGGUGCCAAAUGCCUUGAGUACUAUGAGUUUGUUUGGCAUUUAAAUAUCUAGAUUGGCUCUCCCCAAGAAAUUGUCUGUGUAUUUACAGUUUUUACUGUUUAUGAAUCUGGUAAAUGUCUUAUUAAAAAGGAAAUUGCCCCAGGGCUGCUACAGA